AUGAUUAAAAAAAUCUUGAUUCUUGCUAUAAUGCUUCUAUUAAUUGAAUCCUAAAAUUAUAGCAAAACAAUAUGUGAAUGCUCUCAAUUGCUAUCAGAAGAUGAUUGCAUCACGGCAAUGUGUACUUGGAAUGUAAAAAAUACACCUUUUUGUUAAAAAUCAACUCCCAGCAAUGUACCAAUAAAAUAUUCUCAAUACUGUAGUUCUUAUGAUGAAGCGAUUUGUCCUAAAACUUUUGGUUGUGCUUGGGUUGAAUUGAAAUGUACAUUUUUCACAGGAUGCACACCUUUUACUAAAAUACUUGAUUCUGAAUGCUAAGCAAUAAGCAAUAGAUGUAUUACAGAUGGAACUCAUUGUGUUGAAAUUGAUGCUUGUAGUACUUAUAAAAAACAACUCCCAUGUGUGAAAAAUACUGCAGGAAGCUUGUGCUAUUGGGAUACAAAAAAUAAUACAUGUGUUGAUGCUAAUACUUGUGAUAAAUUACCAACAACAUUUAUAACAGAUAAAGAUUGCAGAGAUGUGAUUUCAACUUGUACAACAAAAAUAGGAGGUGGAUGUGUUGAUAGUUAAAAUAAAUGCAGUGAUUAAACAUUAGAGAUUUAAUGUGUUUGGGAUAAAUUAAAAUAAAUUGCUUGUUAUUGGGAUGGAGAUAAAUGCAAAGAUAGAAUUUGUGAUAAUGCACCAACAAGUAUGAAUACUGAUGAUGCCUGUAAAACAUUUAGAACUGAUGGAACAUGCACAACUAAAGCCAAUGGAGGAUGUGUAACUAGAACUACUUGUGCUGCUGCAGCUAUUGAAGCCUCAUGUAUUAAGAAUAGUUCAGGUGGUGACUGUUAUUGGACAGGUACUGCUUGUGUAGAUAAGACAUGUGCAAAUGCACCAGUUACAAUGACAACUAAUUCAGCAUGUGCAGGAUUUGUUACAGGAUGUAUCACUAAAUCAGGAGGUGGAUGUGUUGCUAAUGGAUCUUGUUCUGUUGCUAAUGUUUAAGCAGCCUGUGUUAAAAACUCAAGUAAUUUUGAUUGUAUUUGGGAUACAACUUGUAAAGAGAAGACAUGCGCCAAUGCCCCAACAACCAAUAACACUCAUGAUUUAUGUACUUCUUAUUUAUCUACUUGUACUGUUAAAUCAGGAGGUGGAUGUUAAAAUAGAUCAUGUGCUAAUGCUCCAACAACAUUGACAACAAAUGAUGCAUGUGAAGCUUAUUUAACAGCAAAUAAUUGUAUAACAAAAACAGGAGGUGGAUGUGUUACAAAUACUACUUGUGCUGCUAUAACAAUAGAAGCUGCCUGUGUUUAGAAUUCUACUGGAUCAUCUUGUUUCUGGGAUACUGCAAGUUCAAGUUGUAAAGAUAAAACAUGUGCGAAUGCUCCAAAAACUAACACUACUCAUGAUCUAUGUUAAGCUUUCUUAAAUACAUGUACAGUAAAUUCAACUAGUGCUGGAUGCAUAGAAAAAACAUGUGAAAAUUCAUUAGUAUUAGAUGCUUGUGAUAAAGAUAUAAAUAAUAAAGCAUGCAUUUGGAAACCAAAAUGCUAUAAGAAACAAUGUGUGUUGGCUUCAUCUAAUACUACUACUCAUGCUGAUUGUUAAAUGUAUCACUCAUCUUGUACUUUGAGUAAUUCAGGCUCAGGUUGUGUUCUACUUCCACUUAGAUGUGAAGCCAUAACUCUUGAAGCUGCUUGCAAAAUGAAAGCAAAUAAGAAACCAUGCGGAUGGAACGGAUCUUAAUGUAUUAAGAAAGCUUGUUCUACUGCCUCUAAAACAUUCACAACUACUGUAUAAUGUUAAGAACAUCUACCAAUUUGUGUGGUUAAUAAUCCUGUAAAUAUUAAUGGUACUUUGACAAUUUAAGGAUGUUAAGAUUUACCAACUACAUGCGCUGCUAGAAAAUCAACUGAAAAUUGUGAAAUUUAAAGAGUUGGAUUCCCAAUGUGUCUUUGGGUCGCCUCAACUUCUUCGUGCAUUGAAAAAUCUUGUGCAACUGCUACCAAUGAUGAAACAACUGGAGCAUUAUCAGCAGGAGGAUUAAGUCAUUUUGCUUGUCAAGCAUAUCUCUAUACUUGUAUUUUAAAUAAUACAGGUGAUGGAUGCAUAGCUAAACCAUCUAGUUGUUCAUCAUUAGUGCCAUCUAAUUGUUUAAUAGGAUCUAGAGCAAAUGGAGAUUGUUAUUGGAAUGGCAGCAGCUGUGUUGAUAGAACUUGUGAAAAUAUUACUCAAACCACACAUAGCGGUUGUUAAGUUGCAUUUGUUUAAUGCACUGUAAAUUCUGGAAGAACUGCUUGUCAAUAACUAGCAAGUAGUUGUGCAUCUUAUGUAAUAGAAGAAAAUUGUAAAAUUACAUCAACAUUCAGAAGAUGCGUUUGGACUGGAUUUUCUUGUAGAAAUGCUAAUUGUGCUGAUGCUCCGGAUUAUGGCUUUUAUGAUACUGAUUAAGAAUGCUUUAAUUACCCAACACCAAGUGAAACAUGCACAGUUAUUUACAAAACUGGAGGUUAAGGAUGCGUACCAAAAUCAGCAAAUUGCUCAGAUUAUAUGACAAUGAGUUAAUGCCACAAAACUAUCACAAAUUUAACAGCUAAUGAUGAUUGUAAGUGGAUCGUUGAUAGAUGCUAUGCAAUAUCCACUUUUGCUACUGGAACAUGCUCAUCAUUCAAGGGUACAAUGUUUAUGUGUCAGUAAUAUAAAGAAGGAUGUACAAACACUUUUUUUGCAACAUCCUCAGUUGCUUGCUUUUUAGAUUGUACUUUAAUAUAUGGAGUAAGUUUGACUUUGUAAGAUUGUUAAGCAUAUGAUUCUACAUGCUCAGUUAGAAUUGAUGGUUUUGCUUGUAUAAAUAUCUAAAAUUCUUGUAGUGCUUAUGUCGAAAGAUUACAUUGUUUUAAAUCAAGAACAAAUUAUUGUGCAUGGACCGAUUAUUCAUAUUGUAGCUAAGUGAAUUAACCCUCCGAAUGUAGUUUUGUAACGGGAUUAAUUAAUUUGGAUCACACUAAGUGUUAGCUUUAUCACUCUUCAAUGGCACUGGAUGUUAGGAGUAUAAGACAACUUGUUCUGGUUAUGUCAGCAACAAACAAUUGUGCUACUUCUGGAUAGGGUAAAUGUUACUUUGAUGGAACAGAUUGUAUGCGUUUUUCUAAUUGUGCUUCAAUUACUGGAACAGGAUUAACAACUACUAUUUGUGCAACUUAUGAUGCAGGUUGUAUAGCAAAUGUAGAUGGAACAGCUUGUUAGGAAAAGUUAGCAACUUGCGAUCUAUAUUUAACUCAGAAGUCUUGUUCUACUUCAGCAGCUGCAGCAACAGCAGAUAAAUGCGCUUGGAGUGGAACAGCUUGUCUUGCUAUAGUAACAGCAAAUAUUGCUACUCACUGUGCAUAUGUUACUGGAACUGGAUUGACAGAUACUACAUGUGCUGCUUAUAAUGUAGAUUGUACAGCUAAUCGAGCUGGAACAGCAUGUCAAGAACAAAAGGCUACUUGUGACGUAUACACAACAGAAGCUACAUGCUCAACAUCAAAAGCUACAGCAACAGCAGAUACAUGUGCUUGGAGUGGAACAGAUUGCAGGGCAGUAAGAACAGCAUAUAUUGCAACAGAUUGUGGGUAUGUUAUUGGAACUGGACUAACAGAUGCAAUAUGUGCUUCAUAUAAUCCAGAUUGUACAGCUAAUCGUGCAGGAACAGCAUGUCAGGAACAAAUGUCUGAUUGUGAAUUAUACGUAACCUGGCUUUCCUGCUCAACAUCAAAGGCUGCAGCAAUAGCAGAUAAAUGCGCUUGGAGCGGAACUGCUUGUCUUGCAAUAGUAACAGCAAAUAUUGCUACUCACUGCGCAUAUGUUACUGGAACUGGAUUGACAGAUACUAUAUGUGCUGCUUAUAAUGCAGAUUGUACAGCUAAUCGUGCAGGAACAGCAUGCCAAGAACAAAAGGCUACUUGUGACUUAUACUUCACUGAAGCUACAUGCUCAACAUCAAAAGCUGCAGCAACAGCAGAUAAAUGCGUAUGGAGUGGAACAGCAUGCCUUAGAGUUACAGUUGUUGAUAUACAUUGUGCAUAUGUUACUGAAACUCGACUUUCAGAUGCAAUAUGUGCUUAAUAUAAUGUAGAAUGUACAGUGAAUAAAGCCAGAACAGCAUGUCAGAAAAAAAUAUCUAUUUGUAAUGAAUAUGCUGAUUAUUCAACCUGCUCAUAAUCUUUUUCAAGCCUUUGUGUUUGGAAUGGAACAAGUUGUAUUUCUGUUACAAAUGCCACUACAGAUUGUGAAUUCAUCACUGAAAUUAGAUUAACCGAUUAGAUCUGUUCUAUGUAUAAUUCAGGGUGUAUUAGUCUAAAAGAUGGUACUGCUUGCUAAGAAGCUAAAUAUAAAUGCUAGGACUACACAACAUUUAACAAAUGCACUAUAUAAACAAAUGAUUCUCGUUCUUGUAUUUGGAUUGAUAACUCUUGCUAUCCUAUCUCAGGUGUAAAUUGUGGUGCAAUAACAGGAAGUGGGCUUGAUCAUGCUUAAUGUCAAGCUUAUAGUCUAAGUUGUACAUCCAUUGCUGAUGGAACCAGAUGUUAAGACUUUAAAUAAACUUGCGAAUAAUAUCCAGGUACAUUGUUAGAAUGUACAAAAAGUUUUACCUAAAAAUGUUAUUUAGUUGGCUCAACUUGUAUCACAAUUUCAGAUGCCACAACUCAUUGUUCUAAAAUAUUUGGUGCUGCUGGAGCUAUAACUUAUGAAAUUUGCUAGUCUUAUAACCCAGGAUGCAGCGUAAAUAGAUCAAGGAAUGCAUGUGUAUUACAAUAAGCUCAAUGUUAUGGAUACACAGAACUUAAUAGUUGUUAUAAAUCAGCGGCUGGGCUAUGCAUAACUAAGAAUGGUGGUGCUACUUGUGUUGCAGCAUCAUCAGCUGCAACUUGUGAGGCUAUAGAAUUAGGAUCUGGAAAUUACAGUAGUGCAAAUUGUAAUGAAAUCAAAGCCGGAUGUACAAAUAAUGGAACAACUGGAUGUGUAGCAAAAACCUGUGCAAAUGCUGUCGAUAUAACAUUCAAUCAUGCAAAUUGCAAUAAUUGGAUUAAUAUUUGUACUGUAAAUUCUGGAAAUACUGGAUGCUUGCAAAUGGCAUUUAGAUGUGCAGAUUAAACUUAAUCUUCUUGCCUUUACUCUGUUGAAGGAGAAUGUGAAAUAGUGGGAUCAUCAUGUGUACGAAGGACUUGUGAUACUGCACCUGCUGAUAUUAAUUAUGAUACUGAUACUGAAUGUUCAUCUUACUUACAAUCAUGUACAGUUGCUCGAUCAGGAGGUUGUCAAGUGAGAAAAGCUUGUGCUUCUUACAAAUCUUAAAUCUAAUGUAAGUUGAGUUCAAGUGGCGCAAAAUGCUUCUGGAAUCCAACCUAUAAGACUUGCGUUGAUUUGACUUGCAGCAAUAUUGAAGCCACUUCUUUAUUCGAUACUCAUAACAAAUGUGUUGCUGUGGAUUCAUCGCUUGCUUGCACAGUCAAAUAAUCAAAUGGUGUUGCAGUUCCAGGUUGUGUAGAAAGAAGCCGGUGUAGCUUAUAUAUUGUCGAAGAGCAAUGCAAAACAGAUGCAAAUGGUGGUGCUUGUUUUUGGAAUACUGAUGCCACUGUAUUUUUUCCUGUUUGCCAAGAUAUGUCUUGUUCACAUGCUCCUACUGACUUAUCAACCCAUAAUGAAUGCUAUGCUUACUACAAUACACCAACAGUAAAAUGCACUGUUGCAAUUCAAAACAUUAACAGCGGUGAUCGAACUUUAGGAGGAUGUUAAUAGACUGCUGCAUGUCAAACGUAUAUGGAUAAAGAAUAGUGUUAAAUCAACGCUAAUGGAGAUCCAUGUGGAUGGAAUGGUAUAGAUUGUGCAGAUAAGUCUUGCAAAACUGCUCCUGCAACAUCAGAUUAUGAUGAUGAUACCAAAUGUAGAGGCUACAUCACUAAUAAAUGCACAGUCUCAGAUUCUGGAUAAGGAUGCGUAGAUAUUCCUGCAACUUGUGAAACAAUGACAUAGAAGCAAUGUUAUUAUAAUAAGGCUGGAGAUCCAUGCUAUUGGACAGGAACAGCUUGCAUUACUAAAUAAUGCGAAAAUGCUCCAGAUGCAACAGCUACUGCAGAUGAUUGCAAUACUUACUUUACUGGUUGUACUUUAGAUAGUGUCAAAUGCAAAACUAAGGUUUGUGAAGAUUUUGCCUAUGCCACAGAUGAUACAUGCAAACAAGCUAUUUCAAAAUGCACAACAAACGGAAUUAUUUGUGUUACAAGAGGAUCAUGCUUAUAGGCUUUAGAUAAAGCUGGAUGUGUUACUUCUUCAACAGGAGAUUAAUGUGAGUGGGUUUUUGAUACUGAAGAUGACUAAUGGUAUUGUACCAUAAAAACUUGUUCCACGGCACCAAGUACUUUGUUAACUGAAUAGUUAUGCAAAGAGUAUUUACCUAUUUGCACCACAAAAAAAGGAGGAGGAUGUGUUAAAAAAUCAACAUGUUAAGCCGCUAAUGUUGAAAGUGCUUGCACAACUUCAUUAAAUGGUUAGAUUUGUGCUUGGGAUGGCAUUAAACACAUAUGCAGAGUUUAAGAAUGUUAAGAUUUAGAGGGAUCACUUCAUUCUUCAUGUCAAGCCAGAAGGUUAGAUUGCACUGCAGGAGUUCAUGGAAAAUGUGCUAAGAUACAAAAUUGUGAAUAGACUACUGUUAGAGCUGCUUGCAUAAAUGGAUUGAAUGGACAAUGUCUGUGGAUUGAAUAAUAUAUAAAUUAGGAUGGUUCUCAAGGAGCCUGUUUCUCAUACACUUCUUGCUAGAGUUUAAAGUGGACUAGUGAUUAAUAAUGUAAAUAAAUAAGUGAUAAAUGUACAACUGAUGGGUCAAAGUGUGUGGCUAUUACUUCAUGUUCAGAAACAAAUACUAAUGGAGGUUGCGUCACUGGUUAUGAUGGUAUUUGUAUGCAAUCAGUACGAGCCUUUCAAUCUGUAGAUCCAGAGAUUUGUAAAAUAUUUGUAGCUUGUGUAGAUGCCUUCUACUUAACUCAUGAAGAAUGUCAAAGAGCUAAUAGUGGUUGUACAACAAAUGGAUUAACUGGUUGUAUAUAAUUAGGAGAAUGUUCAUCAUAUAAUUCCAAAGCUGCAUGUGUUAAAAAUAAAAAUGGACCUCAAAUUGCAACUGAUGGUUUGACAUCAACUGGACUAUGCACUUGGGAUUCGGAUAUUUGUAGAAAUUAAGUUUGUUCCGAUUACUAUGGAACCACUCAUCAAGAAUGCUCUAACUUUCUAUCAGCCUGCACCACAAAUGGAAAAGCUUGCAUACUAAAAAAUUAAUGUUCUUCAUAUACAGAUAAGGAAACUUGUGAGGAAGCAGUUGGUUCCAAUGGUAAUUGCAUUUGGGAAAUAGAAUCAAUAAAUAACAAUUAUAAAGCCUCAUGUAGAGUAUUCACAUGUCAGGAUAUUUAAAUCUAAUAAACCAACGAGUGUUUAACCUCAUCGCUCUCUUGUGUUCUAGAUAAUAAUAUUUGUAUUCCAAAAGCAAAUUGUUCUACGUAUACCUCUAAGACAGCUUGUAAUUCUGGAGGAAUCUCAAACCAAAUUUGUGUUUUUGAAUAGCAAAGUGGCUAAGAUGCUAUUCUUGGAAUUGGAACUUGUACUUUAAUGACGGAAUGUAGCACAGCUAAUAAUGAUUAGAAUGCAUGUUAGGCUGCAAAAGAUAGAUGUUAUUGGAAACCAGCAGAGAAAAUUAAUGGUUCAAAUACUCGAAGUUCAUGUUCUACACUGACUUGUGAUACAAAUUAUAAACAAACUGGGUAUUGCACUAGAUUUUAUAAUUGGGAUAAAAACACCAAAUAACAGUGCUCUCUAACUGAAGGAAAAUGUAGUUUAAAAAAUCCUAGUACACUUUCGUAAAGUGAUUGUUUCAAGGUCUCUGAAUACACAUAUACCUGGAACACUGAAACCUCAAGAUGUUAGGUUUGUACAGAAGUAAAAGUAGAUAAUAACACUAAUCAAACUGACUCUAACAGUGAUAACCCAGAUGAAAAUCAAGAAACUACAUCUUCAAAUUUAAUUUUAAGAAUAAUUGGAAUCAUCGUAAUAGACCAUCUUAUAUUAUGA